CUAUGCAUUACGGUAUUUAUACAACUUUUGGACCUGGCAUUUAUGUAACCCGUUGACAAUGUGCUGACAUAUAGCUAUAAUUUCCUAUACAUCAACCAUCUGAUGAAAUGGUACGGCUUUGUAACAAAUUAUUACCUGCUUUCGCAAGCAUACUUUCCAAGCAAACUGUAAGUUAUGCGGUUAACCGGCUGUCACCGACACCGAGGGCAUUGCGCCCCUUCUCGUGCUUUGGUAAGCAAUUGCAGCUUCACAAUGAACAGCCGGCGAGUUGUUCUGCAUUGACAGGGAAAGUGGACCGGUUUGGAGGCGUUACAGUCCGUGACUUUCCACCAGACAUCAGUGAAGAUGCCUUCAGCAUUCUUCUGAAAGAUUCUCUGGCUACGUGGAGGGGGGAGGGCAAGAUCGCCGUAUGGCUUCACAUACCCAUCUCUCUCAGCCGCCUGGCGUCUGCGGCAGCCACUCAUGGAUUCACCUUCCACCACGCCCGGCACAACCAGGCCGUACUCUGCCUUUGGAUGGGGGAAGGAGAGAGUCGUCUGCCUGGGUUCGCCACGCACCAGGUCGGGGUAGCAGGAGCCGUUGUUGAUGAGUCCAAUGGAAAGGUCUUAGUCGUCCAAGACAAGAACAAGACUAUAAAUGCCUGGAAGUUUCCGGGGGGUCUUUCCGAUCCAGGGGAAAACAUCGGUGUUACGGCUGUCCGCGAGGUUUUCGAGGAGACGGGUGUGCGCGCCGAAUUCCGCUCCCUCCUGAGCAUCCGGCAGCAGCACAACCACCCGGGCGCCUUUGGCAUGUCCGACAUGUACAUCAUCUGCCGCCUGAGCCCUCUGACCUACGACAUCGAGUUCUGCACCCAGGAGUGCCUGCGCUGUGAGUGGCUCGACCUGGCCGAACUAGCCAAGACCAAUGCCACCACCCCGAUCACCAGCCGCGUCGCACAGCUCCUCCUCCACGGCCUCCGGCACGGCUUUCAUCACAUCGACCUCACCGUGAAUGAGCUGCCUGCCGUCUAUUCUGGAAUGUUCUACCAGCUGUACCACCGGCAGCUACCAGAGCUCCUUAAGCAAGCCUGAUGGCUACUGGCCCACAGGGCACAACCACACCACACCACAUCACACACCGGCUGCACUUUAGAAGCGCUGACCGCUGACCGGAUUUUCUCACCAUGCUGUGGUGUGGGCACAGACGCUUAUGAACUGUUACUAUAAAAAGGGAUGGGUGUUACUGUGGUGAUAAUCACUGGACAGGAUAUUACUCGCUGACUGGGCCACAUACCUUCUCUCCUGUGGGAAUUCUGCACAUGCAUCAAAGGUUAGGCCGAGGCUACUUGAUGGGCUGGAUCUUGACAGCAAUACUGGGGGUGUUAUUUAUGAUGUUAUUAAGAUGCCGAGAUGUGUCUCCGCUGGACAGCAGACAGCGAUUUACAAUGCUGAAAUUAGAACUGUACUGUAGGACUGAAUUGUGAAGUAUUUAACCAGUGUUGAAUAAAGUUGGACUCUGUCAAACUACCAA